AUGGCUCGAGUUGUUCGUAAUAGCAAAUUUCGUCAUGUAUUUGGUCAAGCAGCUAAAAAACAAGAUUGCUAUGAAAAUAUUCGUAUAACAAAAAGUGCAUGGGAUUCAACAUUUUGUUCAGUUAAUCCAAAGUUUUUAGCUAUUAUAACUGAAUCAGCUGGUGGUGGUGCAUUUCUUGUUUUACCAUUAGAUAAAAUUGGACGUAUUGAUCGUGAUGUACCAUUAGUUACAGGACACAAAGCAGCCGUACUUGAUAUAGCUUGGUGCCCACAUAAUGAUAAUGUUAUUGCAAGUGGUUCGGAAGACUGUACAGUUAAAAUUUGGCAAAUACCUGAUGGUGGUAUAACAUCAACUAAUUUAACACAACCAGCUGUUGAUCUUGUUGCACAUCAACGACGUGUUGGACAAGUGGUUUGGCAUCCAAGCGCACUUAAUAUUUUACUUAGUGCUGGUGGUGAUAUGAAAAUUUUUAUAUGGAAUGUUGGUAAAUCAAUAAUAUUAACAACAAUUGAGUGUCAUCCAGAAGUUAUUUUAAGUGUUUCAUGGAAUUAUAAUGGUUCACGUAUUGUUACAUCAUGUAAAGAUAAAAUAUUUCGUAUUAUUAAUCCACGUACUGGUCAUGUUAUUAAGUCCGGAAUGGGUCAUCAAGGAGCUAAACCUGCAAGAGCUAUUUAUUUACGUGAUGGUCGUAUAUUUUCUACUGGUUUUUCGAGAAUGUCAGAAAGACAAUAUGCUCUUUGGGAUGAGGAUCAUUUGGGUAAUGCUUUAACAAUGGAAGAACUGGACUCCUCAAAUGGUAUUCUAUUUCCAUUUUAUGAUGAAGAUACUAGUUUAAUCUUUCUAUGUGGAAAAGGUGAUUCAACUAUUCGAUAUUUUGAAUAUACACCAGAAGCACCUUAUAUACAUUAUAUUAAUACAUAUUCAUCAUCAGAUCCUCAACGUGGUAUGGGUGUUAUGCCUAAACGUGGAAUGCAUAUUGCAACAUGUGAAAUAGCUCGGUUUUAUAAAUUGCUCAAUAGUGGUCUUUGUGAAGUAAUUACAUUCACUGUACCACGCAAAUCUGAACUUUUUCAAGAAGAUCUUUAUCCUGAUACAGCCGCUGAAGAACAUGCUAUAACAGCUGAUGAAUGGAUUGAGGGUAAAGAUGCUAAUCCUCGUUUAGUUUCUAUUCGUGAUCUUCAUUCGGGUACAAAAUCUCAAUCAAGUGCAGGUGGUGGUGGAUUAACUCCUGGUCAUGGAGCACAACAACAAAAACAAGAAAUUGUUUUUGGUAAAUCAACAAGUCAAAAACCUUCACCAACAUCCCCACAUAAUGUCACACAACAAACAAGUGCUAAUAAUGGUGGUGCUACUGUUCAACAUGGUCAGCAUGUCGAUAAUGAAUUUCUUGAUAAACUUGUUGAAGAAAUGCGUCGAGUGAAAAUAAUUGUUAAAGGACAUGAACGACGUAUUAAAACGUUAGAAGAACGUUUAUCACAAUAUGAAGCACCAAGCGUUAUAAAGUUUGUUCGUUCAAAAUUUUCCCCAUCAUCAACUGAAACCAAGCAAAAAUCAAAUAAUAAACAAUAUGAUAAUAUCCUUUAUCAAUUAGAUAUAAUAAAUCGUCGUUUGAAUGAUUUUGAUCAUCGUAUGGAUGAUUUUAAUUAUCGUCUAGAACUUCUUGAAAAACCAUCGAUGAAUAAACAACAACGUCAAGAUUUAACACGUGAUUUUUAUAAAAUAUUAAAUUUACCAAGAACGGCAACAUUAAAUCAAAUAAAAAAAUCUUAUCGAAAAUUAGCAAAAGAAUUACAUCCGGAUAAGAAUAAAGAUGAUUCAAAAGCACAAGAGCGUUUUCAAGAUUUAGGAGCUGCUUAUGAAGCUUUAUCUGAUCCUGAUAAACGUAAAAUUUAUGAUAAACAUGGUGAAGAAGGUUUAAAACGACAAGGUGGUGAUGAUUCAUUUCAUGAUCCAUUUUCAAGUUUUUUUGGUGAUUUUUUUCAUUUUGGUGGUUCAAGAGAUGAUGGACAUAAUCAAGUGCCACAUGGUGGAGAUUUAGUUGUGGAUUUAUAUGUCACACUUGAAGAAGUUUAUAAUGGAAAUUUUAUUGAAGUUGUUCGAGCUAAACCAGUAGCAAAACAAACGGCUGGUUCACGAAAAUGUAAUUGUCGAAUGGAAAUGCGAACAACUCAAAUGGGUCCUGGACGAUUUCAAAUGAUGCAAGAACAAGUAUGUGAUGAAUGUCCAAAUAUCAAAUUUGUUACAGAAGAAAUGGUAUUAGAAAUUGAAGUAGAACCAGGUGUAGCUGAUGGACAUCAAAUACCAUUUAUUGCUGAAGGAGAACCUCAUAUUGAAGGUGAACCAGGUGAUUUGAAAUUUAUCAUUCGUAUUCAAAAACACACAAGAUUCGAACGUAAAAAUAAUGAUUUAUAUACAAAUUUAACAAUAACUCUACAAGAUGCACUGAAUGGUUUUGAUGUAUCUUUUCCUCAUCUUGAUGGACAUAAUGUAACAAUAAAACGUGAAAAAAUAACUUGGCCUGGUGCUCGAAUAAAGAAAAAAGGUGAAGGUUUACCACAACAUGAUCAAAAUAAUAUUGUUGGUGAUCUUUAUGUUACAGUUGAUGUUGAUUUUCCUAAAGGCGAACUAAAUGAUGAACAACGAGACGUUAUUAAAACUUUAUUACAUCAAGAAUCGCAACAUCGAUUAUACAAUGGCUUGUAG